AUGUGGGCCAGUCCGAGCAAAGAGCUCAGUCGAUUGGCGCUGGCCUGCAGGAAGAAGGCUGGAGCCUGGCAGGAGGCAGUGUCAUUUCUUGCCGCCAUGCAAGGCAUGAAGGAGAUGCCUGACCAAAGGGCAUGGGGAGCGCUGAUCAGCGCCUGCGCGGCGGGUAAGGCUUGGCCAGUGUCGCUUGCGCUGCUGGAGGAAGCCGCAGGCUCAAAGAGCAACCACACUGACAUCAGCCCGCCUGUGGCAGACACAAUGAUGUUCAACGACACCAUGGCCGGUGCGAUGAGGCAGAAGCAGUGGCCUGCUGUCCUGGCCCUAUUCCAGCGGCUCCAUGAUGCUCCUGCCGGGUCCCCGCGCCCCAACGUGGCCACUUACUCUCUGGCCUUGAAGGCUUGCGAGCAGGGCAGCCAGUGGCCGGCAGGCUUUGGGCUGCUUGGGCAGAUGAGAGACGAAGCCGUGCAUCCCAACACCGUCACCUACAACACCUUCAUCAGCCUUUGCACACAGGGUCUGCGCUGGGCCGAUGGUGUGGCGGCCUUGCACCAGCUGCAGCAAGAGGGGCUGAGGCCCACUGCGAUCACCUAUGGCUCCCUUAUCGCCGCUUGUGGAAAGUGCAGCGAGCCGCUCAAGGCCCUCAAGUUCCUGAAAGAGAUGGAGGCGGCGAAGGUGCAGCCCAGCGUCCCAGCCGUUACUGCGGCCAUACGGGCCUGUGAGCAGGGCGGCCUAUGGCAGGAGGCGUUUCGUCUCUUCGGGCGGCUGAAGACUGAGGAGGGUUUGCCGCCUGACCUCACAGCCUACAACGCCACAUUGAGUGCCAGCGAGAAAGGAGCCAAGUGGGACGAAGCCCUGGAAGUGCUUAAGGAGCUGGAAGAGGGCGCGGACACCAGCGGCCGUCUCCAGGUGAAGCCUCCGAAGCCCGACGCCAUCAGCUACAAUGCCAUCAUCACGGCCUGUGGCAACGGCAUGCGCUGGGAUUUGUCAUUGAUGUUCCUGCAGCGCUUGCGGGACCAGGCUGCCCCAGGCGUGUCAGCUGACGUGAUCAGCUUCAAUGCAACUGCCGCGGCCUGCGAGCGCGCAAGUCAGUGGCUUAGAGCGCUGGCGUUGCUGGGUGACCUCCUCGAGGAUGGCAUCCAGCGUCUCGGCUUGCACUGCCAAAUUCGCGGGUCCUGCACCGUGCUCCUUGCUGCAGCUCGGGCCGAUGUUUGGCCAAAAGCGCUGGUCCUCCAGGUGUUUUUGCUGACGACCUCCGCCUUCCGCGUGUGGAGCCUCGCCGUGCUCCGCGACGAUGGUAUCAUACGUGAGGCCAGCACAGGUGUUUCCUUUCCCUCUCAUGUAAAGAAGUCGCAGAAACUGGUGGCAAGCGGAGUCCGGCGUAAGUUCGGCAAGAUCAAAGUGUACGCCAUGGCACUGUACUUGGAGGAGAGCAGCAAGCUUUGGGAAGCCCCGUCGGUGGAUCUGCGCAAGAUCCUCGAAGCGCAGCUGGCCUCCGAGCGGGAAAGAUGCGACAAGGCCAAGAGAAAGGUCCGACAGCUCCUUGCAAAGAUCUCGGAGCGAGACCGGAAGAUUGCCAACCUCAGUAGCAAGUUAGAGGCCGAGGUGGCGUCUCGGAAGUCCGGAGGGUACGGCGCCGUGAAUGGCCAGCAGGCUGAGGCAGUGGACCUGGCCAGGCAGCGCGCAGAGAUCGUGGCACAGCUGGAAGACCACCUGGCGCAGAUGCGGCAGGACUUGCUGGAAUCGGAGUACGAGAUCCAAGAGCUCGAGUCUCGACAGGCUUCGAAGGAGGAGGAGCUCAGCGUCCUGGCGAUUGCCGAUCGCAGCCCCGAACGCAUGCAAGCCAUGGCCAUGAUUGGCCUUCAGAUUCAGGAAAAGAAGCGCUUCGGAACAGAGAUGGCGCACAAGAUCCAGGCUCUGGAGAGGCAGGUGCAUGAGCAGCGCGCCGUGAUCGUUGAGCUCUUGUCAGGGAAGCCCCGGCGUGCUACUGCGGAGCCAUCCGUGCGUCCGCGUGCGAUGCAGAUGCCGAAUGCCCUGGAGGCGUUUCUGGAUGCGGCCGGGCCGAGUGAGGCGCGGCUGAUCUCGCAACGCCCAGCACUUCUUUCAGCCUUCGCGGAAUCGCAGGAGCUGACGGAUGGAGCCAUUGAGGGAUGCAGCGAAGAGGAGCGAGUUCAGAUCUUGAGCUUGUUCACCGCCUGGGCCACGGUGAGCACCUCGGCGCUUCACGUGAGCGACCUGCAGCUCUCCGACGAGGAGGUGGAGGAGAUGGUGGGCACCCUGGAGAGCUGCGAGGAGGUGAAGGAGUGGGAGAUGACGCGGUGUCGGUGCAGUGAGUCGGCGAUGCGCAAGCUGCUGGGGCACUUCGCCAGCCAGCCCCUCUUGAGGCUCGGCCUCAGCUACAACGCCCUGGGCCUCCAGGGCGCCCGGCUCCUGGCCGAGGCUGCGGCCGCCGGCGGCUGGCAGCGAUCUCUGGGCUGUCUGAGCCUGGAGAUGAACGGCCUGGGGGAUGCAGGCUGCAAGCAGGUGGCGAGCCUGGUCAAGCAGCACUUGCCGGCCCUCUCCGUGUUGGAGUUGGGCUGGAACGAGGUCACGCCGGCCAGCGCCCCCGACUUGGCGCAGCUGCUCCAGGCACCCGAUCCUCUCGGGGAUGCUCCAGGCUUGCCGGUGCUUCUGCGGCGCCUGGGCCUUGCCGGAAACAGCCUCUCCUCGGCGGCCUCUGGGCUGGUGAUGGCGGCCUUGUCCGACCCAUCAAGGGAAAUGGAGCUGGACCUGUCCAUGAACCACGUGGACGCCAAAGCACUGAGGGACGUGGCCGAGUGGGCGCGCGCACGUCGCGUUCCGGAGGUUGCCGAGGUUCAGGUCCAUCUCACCGUCAGCCUGGAGUGGAACAGCAUCGAUGACCCGCAGGCAGUCAGACACCUGGCCGAUGCCUUGAGCAAUGGGAAGCUGAUGGUGGCCGAGGCGGGGCAGCCCCUGAUCCAAUUGGCCAACAACGAGCUGCUCGACCUGCCGCUCAGUAAGGCUUGUCAAAAGCCACUUGCCUGCUGGCAGGUACUGCGCUCCUUCCUCCUCGCGCUGACCCAGGGACCCACACUCAAGCGUGGCAGCAAGCUUCAGUUCGACUUUGAGAAGGCCGGCGUGAAAGUUCACAUCGGAGACAAGUAUGCUGUGGAUGUGAAAAGCAACGUCUUGACAAGGGCCUUUCUCAGCAUCUACCUGGACAAGCACGCCGUCGCGCCGGACUUCCGGCAUGCGGUGUUCCAAGGUUGCCGAAUCUCUGACUGA